CCAGCCACCCUGCUAUCUCUCUGCAUCUUCUCUUUACUGGGAGGCAGAUCUGCAUCAUGCGGACCGCUGGCUAAAUGCAGGAGAGGAGCAGGCUGACAUUUUUGGCACUGGCUAGGAAGGACAAAUAAAGAGAGAGGCAGCGGUUUUCCUUUCCCUUAAGGGCAUGCGGAUACCAGGGAAUGCCUGAAGAACGGGACCUUAUGACUCCUCCUCAGUCAGCUGAUGUCGUGGAUGAAAACCUCUCUGUUUCCGGCUGCCCCGAGCCCUGGAUCGAACCCACUUUCACGCUAGCAGCCAGGGUCCGUGUGAUCGUCACCAUUUGCUUUUUCCUGAUAGCAGCAUCCAGCAACUCAGUUGUGUUAUACAGCAUCAUGAGGAAGAGAAGGAAGUCCCACGUCCGGCUGCUGAUCCUGAGCUUAACGGUGGCAGAUUUACUGGUGACCUUCACGGUCAUGCCCCUGGACGCUGUGUGGAACGUGACGGUCCAGUGGUACGCCGGGGACCUGCCGUGUAAAUUGCUGAACUUCCUCAAACUCUUUGCCAUGUACUCUGCAGCGCUGGUGCUUGUGGUUAUCAGCCUAGACCGGCACUCAGCCAUCCUCCACCCCUUUGCCUUCGCUAAUUCCAGUCGACGCAACAGACUCAUGUUAUGCGUUGCUUGGGUCAUGAGCCUUCUGCUGGCCUCGCCCCAGCUUUUUCUUUUUCACCUGCACACUGUCCCGGGUGUCAAUUUUACCCAGUGUGUGACCCAUGGAAGUUUCCAAGAGCACUGGGAAGAAAUCAUCUACAACAUGUUCACCUUCACCACCCUCUACGUCGCCCCACUGAGCGUCAUGAUUGUCUGCUACAUCCGCAUCAUCUGGGAAAUCAGUAAGCAACUGAAAAUCAACAAGGGUCUAGCAAGAAGUAAAAACGACCACAUCUCCAAGGCGCGAAUGAAGACCCUCAAGAUGACCGUUGUGAUAGUUGCCUCCUUCAUUAUCUGCUGGACCCCGUACUACCUCCUGGGCCUGUGGUACUGGUUCCAGCCAGACAUGAUUCAAAGUAUGCCCGAAUACAUCAACCACAGUCUCUUUCUCUUUGGCUUGCUGCACACGUGCAGCGAUCCUAUCAUUUACGGUCUCUACACUCCUUCCUUCCGAGAGGAUAUGAAGGCGUGCCUUAGAGGAAUAGAAACAGUAAUCACGGGGCAGGAGAGAAACAAACUGAUGUCCAGUUCUGAGAUGAACAUAAAGGACUACAUUAUAAAUGGCGGAGCAGCUUCGGGCGCUUCCAACGGCACAAUCAUCCACACAGUCUGCUAAAGAAAAGCAUCCGGCAGGAGGAAAGGAACUCGGUGCUCUUGAUCGGGGGCGUUGCGUUGGCCAGUACCUCCUAUUAUGGCGACUGCCUGGGAAGUACAGCAGUAACGCUGGCAUGUCGUUCAGUCACCCUCCCCGCCUGGAUUAGGUUUGAAUGGAACAGUCACCAGAAACCGGUAACUGAGAGCUGACUUCUGCGGCACUCAUGCUGAGUAUCACCGUGCUCUCCAAGGGGUCUGUAAGGGGUCCGGACUCACCCCUGCGGUGCCUCCUGCUGGUCGUCCAGGGAAUUAGCUCACCAGCCUCUGGAGCGCCCUCUGCAGGGCGGUGAUCCGCCUUGCUGCCUGUUCUGGCCCCCGUGUCCCUCCCAGGACCCCGGUGCCCCUUGCUCUGGGUGCUGCCCCCUGGCAAUACCCACACACGCUGGGUCUCCCCUCCCAGGGGAACCCCCACCCACUAACCCCACCUCACCUCAGGAUAAGGCCACUGCCAGUCACCAACUAGCCCCCACUCUCUGGGGCAGACUGCAGUAUAGGCCACUCAUCAUCGGCAAGGUUGGGUUUGGACCUGCUGCCUUGGCCUAGCUCUGGGCUGCCCUCUGCAACCCCCAGUACCCCUUGGCCUUCUCCUAGGCCGCAGCCUGGGGCUUUCCAGGCUGCAGCUC